AUGUCCUUCGAGGUCGGCGCUCGAGUAGUGAUCCAGGGCUUUGAUGGCAGAGAAGGUGCGGAAGCAGAAGUUGUGUCAAUUGACGAGACAUCUGGAACCUAUGAGUGCAAGCUGCUUGGAGCAGACCUGGAUGGCGAGAAGCUCUUCUGCAAGGCGGAGAACCUGAAAGCUGCCGCCGAAGCUGAAGUCGAAGAUCCCGACCAGAAGCUCAGGGAGUUGGUGAAGGAUGCCGGCCACAGGGAGGACAGCAGCUCGGAGAAGGAGAAGAAGAAGAGCAAAAAGAAGAGCAAGAAGAAAAGGAAGAAGAA